GUCGUAUGUAUAUAAUUGUUAUUUGUUUUCGUGCGGUGUUUGUAAUUAUAUGUUCCUAAUUGGCUACCGUACGGGAGUGUGUGACCAGGUAGGUGCGAGGUCAUAAUGAGUUAAAGUCUCGGACCGCGAUUUACGGGUGUUUUACCCUAUUUAUACUGCGUUAGCAGUGGAAUUUAUAUCAGGCACAGAUGUCAGACUGUGCUCCAUGUGAGGGUCACACCAGCAUAUGAACCCCUACCAGGGCCUAUACCAUCGCCAGGGAAUGCCGGCGCCAGGACCAUCAGACAGGAUGGUCAGCCAUCAUUACAUCCCGAGCGCCAGGACAGGUCAGGAGGUACAGGAGUGAUUUAAACACUGACAAGCUUGAGGAGGUUUGUGCUCCAGCAGUGCUACAGUGUCAGUGUUUGGAUGUGUCACAUAAGGUGUUUGUGUAACCAACGUGCUUAGUGUUGUUGGUUGUUGGUAUCCUGUGUGGAAACCUUAACUUGUAUUCUGACUGCGGUUGGAAAUACGUCAUGUGUAAUGGACUGGCACAGUUAUAGCUACAGCUACAGAUAUACCGCACAUGUUUGAUGCGCGUUUGUGGAUGUGAUUGACCAUUGUUUUGGAGCAGAGACUUUAGUGAAUCUAAAUUUGUGUGGAAAUGGCUGAGAGUGAGUGCGUUUUGUUGUUUUGUUGUAAAUAAAUUGCUAAUUUUCAUAUCCAAUGUUGUUUUCAUUUCUCAUCUAACUACUCGACGCUCGUCCUACGUAACAAAUUGGUGGCAGCGGUGGGAUGACUGACGUGUUGUUAUUUGGGAUUUGAAUUCAUGUUUGAUCGUGUAUAUAGGUUAGGUUAGGUUAGGUAGCUUACCAGAUAUUUAUUCUAAUCGUGGGCAUUUCUGUUUACUACUGUACUAUCAUUUCCUUUCCAAAUGUUUCCCGUUGUCUUUAUGAUGAGAACAUUUCAGAUGGAACACAUGGGUAAGUAACAGGGAGCGACCAGAUUAAUAGAAUCACGUGGAUUGCUUAAGUCUUCGAGGUUGGUGAGUAUAUAUCCAUGUUGUUUUCCUGUUGUGUUUCUUGUAUUGUCUUUUGGGGUGUUUUGUUAAGUGGACCUUGUUUUCUAGGUACUUCUGGUGUACUUUUAUAUACCAAUAUGUCUACGACACAGGAACUGAUUGCUAUUGGUAAGGAGAUGAAGUAUGAAGGGACAGCACUGCAGGACUUUGUGACCGAACAGCAGGCAUUGGCUAGAGAUGAGCGUGAGAAGGAACGUUCUUUCCGGCUUGAGAUGGAAAAGAAGAACCUUGUUCUGGAACAGGCAAAGAUUGAGGCUGAACGGGAGGCAAGAUCACAUGCACGGUUGGAACAGGAGCACAAGUGGAAAUUGGAGCUUCUACAAGCUGGAGGAGGUGAGCAGAGGGCUGAUGUCCAAAUACCGAGAGAAGCCAUGAUUCAGCGUGGACCUAAGCUGCCAGCGUUCGACGAGUCUCACGAUAAUAUGGAUGCCUAUCUCCAGAGGUUUGAACGCUAUGCUGAGGCACAGAAGUGGGAACAUAGUCAUUGGGGAGCAAAUCUCAGUGCAUUGUUAAAGGGUAAAGCCUUAGAAGUGUUUUCUCGUCUGCCUGUUGACAAAGCCUUGGAUUUUGAAGAACUAAGGAAAGCGCUUUUGCUCAGAUUUGAGAUGACCGAAGAAGGUUUCAGAAAAUCAUUUCGAACAGCUAGACCGGAAGGAGGAGAGACGUUUUCGCAGUUCGCUACACGAUUGGAGAAUUAUAUGGAGAGAUGGGUUGAGCUGAGUAAGACAGAGAAGACAUACAAGAAGUUGAAAGAUCUCAUGCUGAGGGACCAGUUCAUCCACUGUUGCGGGCAGGAACUACCCCUUUUUCUGAAGGAACGGUCUCCGACUUCGUUUGUAGAGAUGGCCAGACUUGCAGACCAAUAUGUGGAAGCAAGGGGUACGAAGGCGAGCCAGGUAACCGGAAGAGGUCAGAAGUCAGGUUACAGUAAACCACACGAACGUGGAAAUCAGGAUGCGCAUGCGUCUAAGUCAUCAGCAAAGGACAAGAAAUGUUACAACUGUGGUAAACUGGGUCAUAUCUCUUACGACUGUCGAUUAAAGAAGAACGUAUCUGGUAACAAGGUAGCCAGCGUGGUUGAGGAAGAAAAUCGUAAGAAGCAGGCGAGCGACGCCAAGAGGGUAACUAGGAAGGAUAGGACCUCAGCGAUUGACAAGUCUCACGUAAAGGACUCGACAACUCUGAGUGUAUCCUGUGAUCUUAGGAGUUCGCAGUCUGCAGGUAUGCCAGUGAUGAGGGGUUGUGUAGGAAGCCAUUGUGUUUCAGUGCUUCGAGAUACCGGAUGCAGUGGAGUUGUGGUGAGAAGAUGUCUUGUUGACAAGGAUAGUUUCACUGACAGAGUUCAGUUGUGUACAUUCGCCGAUGGAUCAAAGCUAGAGGCACCUAUUGUUGUUGUGGAGGUUGAUUCACCUUAUUUCAUCGGAACUACUGAGGCUUGGGCUCUUGAGACUCCGUUAUAUGAUCUGAUCAUAGGCAACAUUCCUGGAGCAUUUCCCCCUGAUAAACCUGAUAAGGAGUGGAAGAUGAAGGAACAUGAUGUACAAGCGGUAGAGACGCGCGCACAUGUCAAAAAGAAAGGAAGUGCGUACAAGUCGCUGAAGGUACCGGAUUUGAUGACGGAUAUGUGCAGUGUGGAAGAUCUGAAGGACGAACAGCAGAGAGAUCCAACAUUAGUGAAGUUUAGGAAGUUGGCUUCUGAAGAGCAGACAUAUGAACGGGAUGAUGGUGGUUCCUCUACUAUCUUUUAUCAGAAGGGUGUGAUGUACCGGAAGUUUCAAAGUCCGAAAGUGAGGAAUGGUAUGACCUUUCGACAGUUGAUUGUCCCUGAGAGAUAUCGUGAUAUGGUGAUGAGGCUGGCACAUGAAUCUGUCAUGUCUGGGCACUUAGCAGCUAAGCGGACCACUAGCCGGGUUUUGUCGGAGUUCUUCUGGCCGGGUGUUCAAGCGGAGGUCAUCAGAUUUUGCAGAUCUUGCGACAUAUGCCAGAAGACAUUCCCGAAAGGAAGAGUUCCUAAGGCUCCGCUUGGUGAUAUGCCUCUUAUUGACACUCCAUUCAAGAGAAUCGCCGUAGAUCUGAUUGGACCACUGGAGCCAGCGACAGAACGAGGGAAUCGUUUCAUUUUGACUGUCGUCGAUUACGCCACUCGAUAUCCGGAGGCGGUUGCUUUGAAAGGAAUAGAGACCGAGAGAGUUGCAGAAGCACUUGUUGACAUUUUCAGCAGAGUGGGAAUUCCUUCUGAGAUGCUUAGCGACCAGGGUGCACAGUUUACAUCGGAGAUGAUGAGAGAGGUUAGUCGACUGUUAUCCAUCAGACAACUGACAACUACGCCAUAUCAUCCGAUGUGCAAUGGGCUAGUGGAAAGGUUUAAUGGAACCCUGAAGCAAAUGUUGCGCAAGAUGAGUGUAGAGCGACCAAAGGAUUGGGACAGAUUUAUCAACCCUCUACUGUUUGCCUACCGUGAGGUUCCUCAAGAAUCACUUGGAUUUUCACCAUUCGAGUUGCUGUACGGUAGAGCAGUUAGAGGGCCUAUGAUGAUCCUGAAGGAGUUGAUGACGAAGGAUAUACCAGACGAGGAAGUGAAGACCACCUAUCAGUACGUAAUGGAUUUACGAGAGAGGAUGGAGGAAACGUGUCAACUAGCAUCAGAGCAUCUUAGAGAUGCAAAGAUAAAACAGAAGAGACAUUUCAACAGGAGAGCGAGACAACGACACCUUAAGGCGGGAGACAGGGUUUUAGUACUCUUACCAACGAAGGCCAACAAACUGCUGAUGCAGUGGAGAGGACCUUACGAAGUAGUUGAGAAGGUGGGACCAACAGAUUACCGUGUUAACAGAGAUGGGAAAGUGAAGGUACUGCAUGUCAAUCUUCUUAAGAAGUACGAGGAGCAGAAGAAGAGUCGGGAAGACUUAUUGACAGUGACUACUGAAGGUGUUAUGGCUUGUGUCAUGUCCAUGGUCAUUGACGAGGAAGAUGACGACAAUGGUGAGGAAUUAAGUCAAGUGUUGGAGACUCUUCCUUGUGACAGAGGGAAAGAAGGAAUCCAAGAUGUGGAGAUUUCACAAGACUUAUCCGAUGAGCAGAGAAGUGAGGUGAGGACUUUACUCGAGGGAUAUAGUGAUGUGUUAACAGACCAGCCAGGAAGAACAGUACUUGCUGAACAUGACAUUGUGACUACAACGGCGGAACCUGUUCGUGUGAAACCUUAUCCUUUGCCAUUCAACACCAAGGCGGUUAUAACAGAAGAGGUAGAGAAGAUGUUGGAAAUGAGAGUUAUUGAACCUUCAUCGUCACCCUAUUCAGCACCUGUAGUGAUGGUCAAAAAGAAAGACGGUUCAAAUCGGUUCUGCAUUGAAUUUCAGGAGACUUAA